AUGUUUGUAAAAGAGUGGGUCAUUAGUUCACAAGUUCUUCAAUUCUCCACCCCAUCCCAUUUCCACCCCACCCCAUCCCCACCUCAUCUCCACCCCAUCUCCACCCCACCCCAUCUCCACCCCACCCCAUCUCCACCCCACCCCAUCUCCACCGCCGCACCUCGUAUUAACCCCACCCCAUCUCUACCCAACCCCAUCUCCACCCCAACCCAUCUCCACCCCACCCCAUCUCCAAACCCAACCCAUCUCCACCCCACCCCAUCUUCACCCCACCCCAUCUCCAACCCACCCCAUCUCCAUCCCGCCCCACCCCAUCUCCACCCCAACCCAUCUCCACCCCACCCCACCCCACCCCACCCCACCCACCCCACCCCACCCCACCCCAUCUCCACCCACCCCAUCUCCACCCCAUCUCCACCCCACCCCAUCUCCAACCCACCCCAUCUCCAUCCCGCCCCACCUCGUAUUCACCCCACCCCAUCUCUACCCCAACCCCACCUCUACCCAAACCCCAUCCUCACCCCACCCCAUCUCCACCCCACCCCAUCUCAACCCCGCGUCCCCGCCCCACCUCGUGUUCACCCCGCCCCACUAGCCCGACUGUGGAAGAUUUACUUACUGUGA